GGCCAGCGGCCCCACCCCGUGCCAGUUUCACAUAUGGCCGCCAUGAGCCUCCUGCUCCGGGCAGCGGCCGCUUUGGGGACUCGCAAGGUCCUGUUCAGGGCGGCAGGUGGGGGGCGCGUCUCCUUGCUGGGCAGGAAUGUCGUGUCCUCCGGCAUCAUCGCUCCAGUACGACAUGGAAGCCAUGGGAAAAGAAUGUUUGUCAUCAAGCCAACAGAUUUCUAUGAUAAACGAUUUCUGAGGUUGCUGAGAUUCUAUCUAUUAUUGACUGGGAUACCACUAGCAAUAUUUAUAACGUAUGUCAACAUCUUCAUUGGUGAAGCUGAACUUGCAGAAAUUCCAGAAGGUUAUAUUCCAGAGCACUGGGAGUAUUACAAACAUCCUAUAACUAGGUGGAUUGUUCGUUAUUGCUUUGAUUCUCCUGAAAAGGAUUAUGAAAAAAUGUUGGCCAUAAUUGAUAUUGAAAGUAAAAAAGCUGACCUAAGACUGAAGGAAAUGGCGGCACAUCGACUAAUGAAAGAGAGGGGAGAUGGGCCCUGGUAUUACUAUGAUACCCCUGAUAAAAAUCGUAUUGAUUAUUCUGCUAAAGCAAGUCCUGACAAUUAAGCAGUUAGUCCACUGUUCCAAAAGAGCACCCACAAAUAGCGACUGAAUAAUGUAAUGUGUAUCCUGUUAUUACUUGCUGACUUAAAUAAAAGUUUCUAUUUCAGUA